AUGCCAGUUCUGCAGAGGUGGAAAGUGUCCCGCCUGCAUCUCAUCAACAGCAUGCUGUCAGAUGAGGCAGUAUUGCCCACCACCUGCCAGUGGUGUAGGCAAGGAGUGGCUGUGAUGAGGUGUAGUGAGUGCUUACCUCACCAGUAUCUGUGCAUGGCCUGUGACAAAGAGCAACACACCAGACAUGUUCUGCACAACCGGAGAUCCCUGAUCUCAGGCUACCUCCACCCUUUGCCUCCCACCUCAUUUGUCAGCCAGGAUGCUGACGGGCAAUAUUCCCUUACCCACCAAGGUCGCUAUGAUCUUGUCCUCCCUGAAGCACAUUGUCAAUGUUGUGCCUCUCAUUGGAGACCUGGGCUGGAAGAUGUUGUACAGAGUGGGUACUGGCCAGGGCCGGUCAACGUCAACAGCCUGUUCCAUUUUGACGUUUUACAGUCAUACCUGGAGUUAAAGAUGUCAGCAGCAGGACUGUCCCGUCUGACAUUUACCACAAUGCUAGACAAAAAAAACAACCGCUUUGGAAGAAGUGGUAAAAUAUCUGGAGACACUUUCCACCAAAGCUUCAUGGAAUGGGCCAUCUGCAGAUAUGAGGUUGACAAGAUGUGCCAGGAGCAGCCGUUUGUCUGCCCUCCAUGCACUCCCGAAAUGCUUGCUGUAGCAGUGGAUGGCAAUCGCAAGCAUUAUCGUCAGGACAGUCAUGGCCACUUGGAAGGUGUUUUCCUUUGCGAGGACAGCAAGGUGGCAGAGUUUGUAGACCAUGUCCACAAGGCCACCAAGCAUCCUUCAUCACCCCGGGACCAACAGGGGAUCGACAGCGCCAUCUAG